AUGAGGUCCUGGCGUUUAUCCCGGUCUGAACAGGCAUUUUUCCUGUUUGACCACCUAGAGGGUGAAGCUAGGGAGGAGCUAAAGUAUCGCCCUAGCACAGAGAGAGAGGACCCUGAUGGAGUAUUGGCUAUUUUACAGGAGCUGUACGGGUGCUCGGAGUCUUAUGUUGCUCUGCAGAAGGCUUUCUUCUCCAGAAGGCAGCAGGAGGGAGAGACUCUUCAGGAGUUCUCCCUCGCUUUGAUGGGCCUCAUGGAGAAGGUGAAGCAGCGUGCACCUACCGAAGUGCCAAAUGCAGAAGCUCUUUUGAGAGACCAAUUUGUUGAGCAUGUGCUGGACAGUUCCCUGCAUUGUGAGCUGAAGCAGUUAGUGCGUAGACAGCCCAAUUACACCCUGCUUGCUGUUAGAGCAGAGGCGAUUCAGUGGGAGCUUGAAGGUCUACCCAGCGGUGUGAGGGGCCGCAGUCAUUCAGUCCCCUUAGUGUUUGGUGUUCAGUAUGGUGUUCAAGAUGUGGACAUGGGUGGAGUGAAGGUUCCUUGUCUGGUAGACACCGUCUCCAUGGUGUCUACUAUUUCUGAGAGCUUUUUCCGCCAGCAUCUCGAGCCUUGGGGCCAGGAGCAUCUCCGUUCUUGUCACUGGUUGGAGCUUAGAGCUGCCAACGGUCUGACUAUUCCUUACCUUGGGUACUUGGAGCUUGACGUGCAACUUUGUGGUAAACUGAUGCCCCACUGUGGUGUGUUGGUAGUGAGGGACCCACCUGGUGGGGUGCCUUCUAAAGUGCCGGGUAUUUUGGGGAUGAAUGUGAUCCGCAAGUGCUACCAGGAACUUUUUGGCCACGAUGUCGCGUCCCAGGAUGUUCCCGGGAAAGUGAAGGUCAGGGGUAAGAGGGGUUGGCAGAUUCCUGGUGGGGUAAUGAAAAUCGUGGCAGCCACAUGUUCUGAGCAGUACUCCGGGUCUACGGUGCUGUUCGAGCCUUUAGAGGCUGGUUUACCUGCUGGGUUGCUUGCUUCCCCUUCUUUGGUUCGUGUCAUCAGGGGCACCGCCUACAUACCUGUCAUUAAUGUUGGCUGUAAUGAUGUUGUUUUGUACCCCCGCACUGUUGUCGGCACACUGGAUUUUGUGAAUGUGGUCAGCCUUCCUUCCGCGGUCACUGAGGUGCCAUCGGGUGUGGCCACCGUGUCUUCUCAGACCGCUUCCCCUAGUGUGCAGCAGGUGGAGAGUGUGGAUUUGUCACCUUUGUCUGUGGAGGAACAGGGUCCAGUGAAGUCCCUGCUUCAACAAUAUUCCUCAGUCUUUUCCAUCGAUGACACUGAUCUGGGCUGUACAAAUCUAAUCUCCCAUGACAUCCCUUUGGUAGACGAUACUCCAGUGAGGCAGCGCCAUAGGCGCAUCCCACCCUCAGAGUAUGAGGUUGUGAAGGAGCACAUCAAUCGUCUACUCUCAUCUCAAAUCAUUCGUGAGAGUAGCAGCCCCUAUGCGUCCCCUAUCGUGUUGGUACGAAAGAAAGAUGGCAGCAUGCGCAUGUGUGUUGACUAUAGGCUGCUCAAUAGUAAGACCCGAAGAGAUGCCUUUCCUCUGCCACGUAUAGAGGAGUCGUUGGAUGCAUUGUCUGGUGCUUGCUGGUUCUCAACCCUGGACUUGACCAGUGGUUAUAACCAGGUGCCAGUCACUGAGGCUGACCGGCCGAAGACUGCUUUUUGCACCCCUUUUGGUUUGUUUGAAUGGAACAGAAUGCCUUUUGGGCUCUGUAACGCGCCCAACACUUUCCAGAGAUUAAUGCAACGCAUCUUUGGUGACCAGCAGUGUCAGUCCUUGCUGUUAUAUCUGGAUGAUAUUGUUGUGUUUUCCUCUACUGUGGAACAGCAUGUGGAGAGGCUCCAGGUGGUGCUGGCAAGACUGCGGCAUGAGGGCCUCAAGGCCAAGCUCAGCAAGUGCUCAUUCUUUCGCAAAGAGGUGAAUUAUUUGGGCCAUGUGAUUUCGGCCGACGGUGUCUCCACAGAUCCAGGCAAGAUUGAAGUGGUUGCCAAUUGGCCGAUUCCUACUACUGCCUCAGAGCUUCGUUCCUUUCUUGGUUUUGCCAGUUACUAUCGGUGCUUCCUGGAAGGAUUUGCCAAACUGGCAGCUCCUCUGCAUAGGGUGGUGGCCGAAUGUGGUGGCACUAAGACCAACAAGAAGACUGAGCAGCGGCUGUCUAGGUGUUGGAAUGAUGAGUGUAACCAGAGCUUUGAAACACUGAAAGCUAAGCUCACCAUGGCACCAGUGUUGGCUUAUGCAGACUUUUCUCUUCCCUUCAUCUUGGAAGUUGAUGCAAGCCAUGGUGGCUUGGGUGCAGUCCUUUCCCAGGCUCAGGCAGGCAAGGUGAGGCCUAUAGCCUAUGCUAGCAGGGGUCUGCGACUCACCGAGAGGAACAUGGUAAACUACAGCUCCAUGAAACUCGAGUUUUUGGCCCUUAAGUGGGCCAUGACAGAGAAAUUUCGAGAGUACUUGUUGGGUAACAAAUGUGUGGUGUACACUGAUAACAACCCCCUUAGUCAUUUGUCUUCGGCUAAGCUGGCUGCUACUGAGCAGAGGUGGGCCGCCCAGUUAGCUUCUUUUGACUUCGAGAUAAAUUACCGAUCAGGGAAGAGCAACACUAAUGCAGAUGCUCUCUCCCGUCAGCAUCCACCUGGUCCCCAGGAUGUCGCUGUGAUGCUUCCAGGCACUGUGAUGCCCAAUUCUUUGCAGCAAGCUCUGGGGUUGGGAAAGGCAGAGGCGACUCAGGCUGCCACUGCCGCCUUGCCCCAGCACACUUGUUCUGAACUCCAUCUCGCUCAGCAGUCUGACCCUGUGAUACAAGAACUGUUGCCUUUUUGGAGGGAGAACCAUCGUCCCAGUUGUGAGGAGCGGGCACGGCUCUCCCAGCCCACGCUGGUGUUGCUCAGGCAGUGGGAUCGCCUACUGGAGAGGGACGGUGUCCUGUACCGAAGGGUGUGUUGUCCUGAUGGAGCCGAAGCCAUGUUUCAGUUGUUGUUGCCAAAAACAUGGAUAGAUCAGGUUCUGACCCAGGUGCACCAGGAGCAUGGUCACCGGGGGUGGAGCGAACAUUGGCGCUCCUUCGGUCCCGAUGCUAUUGGCCUGGUAUGUCUUCCGAGGUGGCUCAAUGGUGUCAGAGAUGUGAGCGGUGUCAAGUGGCCAAAGAUGUGCAUCCAAAAGCACAUAGCUUUAUGGGGCAUCUUUUGGCUUCCCGCCCUAAUGAAAUCCUUGCCAUCGAUUACACGACUCUAGAACCAGCCCAGAAUGGUUUAGAGAAUGUUUUGGUGCUUACAGAUGUUUUUAGUAAGUACAGUGUGGCUAUCCCUACUCGGAUCAGCGUGCUGCUACUGUGGCCAGGGUUUUGGUGUCGGAGUUGUUUUAUAAGUUUGGCGUCCCUGCUCGUUUGCAUUCUGACCAGGGCUGUAACUUUGAAAGCACCCUCAUUCAGCAGUUGUGUCACCUGUAUGGGAUUGUAAAAUCAUGCACUACCCCAUACCAUCCGGAAGGAAAUGGUCAGUGCGAGCGUUUUAACUGGACGCUCCACAACUUGCUGCGUACCUUGCCAGUGUCCCGGAAAAGGGAUUGGCAUGUGUGUCUGCCUCAGGUGUUGUAUUGUUAUAACACAACUCCCCACCAGUCAACCGGAGAGUCACCCUUUUUCCUGAUGUUCGGGCAGGAACCCAGACUGCCCAUUGAUUUCUUGUUGGGUCGAGUUGAGAGUCCUGUCGGUGGCGCUAUCCAUGAGUGGGUUCAAGAGCACCAAGCCCGUUUGCAUGUAGCAUUUGAAGGAGCACGAGAGCGCUUGAAACAUGCUGCUGAUCGGCGGAAGCGAGUUCACGAUCAGCAUGUCAGAGAUUUGCCAUUGCAGGAAGGGCAGCUCGUGUAUUUGCGUGACUUAAGUGCUAGGGGGCCCCAGAAGAUCCGGGAUCGGUGGAGUGAAGUAUCGUGUGUUGAGAAUGCCUAAAGAAGGCGGCGCGGUGUAUACUAUUGCGCCAAUGAACAACGAGACCAAAGUCAGACAGGUCCACCGCACUAUGCUGAAGGCUGUUGUAAUGGUGGACUCACCUGGUCAUGCCACUUCUCAUAACUCGACCUCUGGGGAGGAAUCACCCCCAGCAGAGGAGCCUUCAUUUGAGUAUGAUUUGUUGAUCUUAGAUCAACCAUCUUAUGUGGCCACUUCUGCCAUGCCCUCCACCAGAUCAGCUGUGUCUCAAGUGCCUGCAGCAGCGUCGGCAGCAUUAACAUCUCUAGUCCUUCCAUCUGUCACUUGUCCUGAUUCCAGUAACACGG